CCUCGGUAGCUGUGCUGAUGCUCAAUAAAGUGUUUUCGCUUUCCGGAAGUCGCGGCCCCUUCCGGUUUUGAGGGGGGAAGGAGGCGCUCGCCGGAGUCGACCGGGGAUGCUUCUGGUCUUGGUCCCAGCGCGGAACUGGGCGGCCGCGGCGGCUUGACUGUGUGGCCAGACUGCAGAUAGCAGUAAUGCUAACUCUGGCAAGCAAACUAAAACGAGAUGAUGGUGUCAAGGGGCCCCGAGCGUCCAACUCAGCUUCUGAUUCAACCCGGAGAGUGUCGGUUAGAGAUAAACUGCUCAUUAAAGAAGUUGCAGAACUUGAAGUAAAUUUACCUUGUACAUGUAAAGUGAGCUUUCCUGACCCGAAUAAACUGCAUCACUUUCGUCUAACUGUAAGCCCAGAUGAAGGUUAUUAUCAAAGUGGAAAAUUUCAGUUUGAAAUUGAAGUCCCAGAUGCCUAUAAUAUGGUGCCUCCCAAAGUAAAAUGCUUGACUAAAAUCUGGCAUCCAAACAUCACUGAGACGGGGGAAAUCUGCUUAAGUUUAUUGAGAGAACACUCGAUUGAUGGUACUGGCUGGGCUCCAACUAGAACUUUACAGGAUGUUGUAUGGGGGCUAAACUCCUUAUUUACUGAUCUCUUGAAUUUUGAUGAUCCUUUGAAUAUUGAAGCUGCAGAACAUCAUUUGCGUGACAAGGAGGACUUCCGAAAUAAAGUUGAAGAUUACAUUAAUCAGUAUGCAAGAUGAUGAAGGGAAAAGGACAGCAGCACUACGGAAGGCGCAUCAUAUAUUGUUGACUGUAACUUGAUUAAAAACAACACAAAGCCUGGAACGUCCUUGUCUUUUGCCCAUGUUGUUCCAGGAAGAAAGCAAGCUUCAUCAUAAUCCAUGUAAAAUGGAGAGUUCGCUGACAAAACAGCAAGGAAAUUGUAUCUGUUGGUUGAAGAAACUUGUUUGCUUAACUCUGUAAUGUCUUCUUUUCUGAAAAUGUACUGUUUAUCCAGGAUUGAGAUACGCUUCAAAAGUUUAAAGAAAUUGCUAUUAAGGUUGUAUUCACACUACUUAAAAAACUUUCCUCAUGACUAGUAGCAAAGGUAUCUUUACUGGAACUUGUAAAAGUUGGCAAAUAAAAAGUAAUCUUUGGGAACAUGAAGAGACAGAAACAGUUGCCUUCGACAGAACUGAAAUAGUUGGAACACAUCUUGCCCCUCAAAUGAUAAUUUCAAUAUACCUAUACUUAUACUUGAUUUAAACUUUUACAAUUGCUGCUCUCGGUUCAAUUUUGGGCUGCAGUGUUUUUAUCUUGCAUUUGUCGUGCAAAGAAAUUAGCAAAACCAAGGCCUGUGUAUAAUUGCAGAGUUCCAUUUUUUAAAAAAUCUGAUGUUUUACAUGCUAUUGCAAUGAAAAAGAAGGUUUUGUUUUCUUUUAAUGUUUUACAUUCUGUGAGGGAGACUUGAUAUGUAAGACUGUUACUUUAAUGAUAUUUGGAAUAAUAAUGUGGAAUAAUAACUACCCAAUGUUCCAGAACCUAGUCCAUGAGAGAAAAUAAUGCACGUUGCAGUUUCAUUAUAAUGAUCUUGGAAAAUAAAUCUUCUGUGGUAAAAGCACUGUGGAGGAAAAGUAGUUUGAAAGCAGAAAAGACUAUCUAUAAGACAAAAUCGCUGAUGAAUGGAGGAGGCGUGUGCCACUUCAGGAACUAAUUAAAAGUAAAUUCCACACAGAAUGUACUCUUGUUACUCCAGUUCUUCCUGAUGUAUAACCAUCACAUCUAUCGCUAAGUAUUUUGAUACUAUUAAUUGGCCUAGGAAUCAGAGGGGAAAAAAUGAGAGAGCCAUAGUUACUUAAAGAAUUUCAUUCUGGGAUCAUAUAGGAAAGUAAAGCGUGUUUCAAUAAAUUGCCAUCAAAGCCAGAGAGAAACGUCGGUGUACUUUUAUAUGUACGGUAUGCAUAACAUUCACCCCGCAAGGCAUUUCUGCUGCCCAGAAACGUUUCCAUGUGUAGGAGCCCCCCAGGAGCAGCAUUUCGGGGAGCGUUCGGGCUGCUGCCGAAGAUGAGGCAGCUGCGCCUGCGGAGGGAUAUGGAUCGAUCAGUGAAAAGGCUCCAUGGGACCCAGCCCGUUCUCUUCACCUUACCAAUGGAUGCGCCUUGUCCUUCGCUAUAUAUGGAGGUCAGCUUGCAGGGCUGCGUUUGGGGGCAAUAAUAAUUAAGCAGAAAUAUUUCUCUUUGAGACUGUAAUGUAUUGCUCAAUUUUAAUGCAAUCGUAUAUCUUUUCUGCUAUGAAGAGAGGUCAUUCUACAUUAAAAUGAUUUUAUUAAUAA